UCAUCGAUUUUAUUGGUUUUUCUCACUCGAUCUAUGAAUCUGUAUGCUUAAAAUCCCCAAAUUUUGACCUAAUUUUGUCAAAAUUCUUUGCUUUUUAGGUUUUCAGUUAUCAUAGUGAAUUUAUUAUAAUAUUUUUGAUUUUUGGGGUUCUGUAUUCAGUAAUUAUAGUAUUUACGGAACUAAAAUCUUCAUUUUGUCGUAGAGAUUAGGGUAAUUAUUGUUUGUUCGUAAUUGGGAUUGAAGUUAUUCAAGAAGCUUGUGGUUUUGUACAUACUGUUUUUAUUUAGGGUUUUAUUUAUUUUGCAUCUUUUGUGUGGUAAAAUAUUUGAGUAAGGGAAUUACCCAAUUCUAGAGCUUAAUUACUUGCUAUUGACUACACUUUAUGGAGUUUGCUUAGCCGAUCACUCGUUCGCCAAGCUGCACAGAAUAUUUGUAUUACCUUGAUGAGUUAUCUGUCCCUAGUGCUACCAUUAUUUUGAUUUUCUCAACAUGGUGCUUAAGCUGCAAAAGAAAAUUAUUUUUGUCUGCAAGAUAUAGAAAUUUGGUUUGGAAGUGUGGUUAAGGGAAGAAAGUUUUUCAAACUGAGGAUUCGUCAUGCGAUGAGAGCCCCUAAGCGGGACCACGAAGUAGCUGACGAGGCUUCUAAAAGGAGCAGGAUAAAAGUAGGCACUGGUUGUAGUGUUCCCAAAGUAUCUUCAAGGACAACUGGUGGAAAGCGCUGCAAAAAUAUUACUGAUGCGGAACAUCUUAAUGGGGAUAAUGAUAUUACUUCAGUUGGAAAAGAAAAUAUCUCUUCACCAACUGAAUCAUUUUCUGAGAACCUUCAAGUAAAAGAAUCGGGAAAUUUUGAGAAAACAAAUAAUGUGCAGAAUGUCCGAAAAUCUUAUGCUAAGAUUAAGCUUCAACUUUUCCCUAUAGACGAAACAACCCGUGAGGGUUUGGAGAAGGAUGGGCACAAUCCGCAUUUAGAGCUCAUUCUAAGUAAGCGAAAGAAGAUAUCCUCUGUGAUAAAUCAUUUAAGUAGCAAGUGGGCCAGUUCGAGCACUGUGACAGGCGAGUUGAUGCUUUUCCAAUACGACAUUUGUCUGGAUAACUUAUCUGAAUACAAACAAUGGACUUUGAAGGAUAAAGAUACUGCAGAUGAUGUAUACACAGCCAUCGAAAGACCUUCAGUUUUCAGAUUAAGGUAUGGGUGGUUUCCUCAUCUGGAACGGAGUGGCUAUUUCUUAUCUCGCACAGCUUCCUGCUUUGCGGAUUGUUUGCGACCUGAAGACCUCAAGAAAGUUUCAAAUAUGGAUGGGAAAACUAGAGAUGAUCAGGGGAACGCUCAAAAGGUAGAUAAUCAAAAGGGUAAACUAUUCUGCGGCUUAACUCAAAAUGCAGCAGUAGGCGACACUGUGGCAUCGGAUAGAGCAGCUGAGGUUUUGGAAAAUUCAGAAAUUGAUGUUGCACUCUCGCUAUCCUCUUCUUUAUGGGGUAACAUAAGCAUCGGUGGACUCUUGUCCGAAGCAUCCCUUCAACCUGUCCCCAGUAGUAGUAAUGCAAGACCUACAGGGACUGGCUCAUAUGCUCAACAAGUUCCAUUCAGCUGUGAUUCAUUUGAUGCUGCUAUAGCUGCCCAUAUUCUUAGUCAGUCUCAAAGCAGACAGAAGCGAACUGCCAUGCAGUCAUCCAUCUAUGAUGCUGAAGAAACAUGCGAUGCAUUUCCAUCUCAGAAGUUAGCAUCCAUUUUGGAUGCUGAAGAAACAUGCCAUGCCCAUGCUAGUUCCAAUUCAUUCAAGUUUCCCGGUUCCUUUGAGGAGAAGAGCCAAGGUGGGUUAUAUAAACCUAUUCCCCGCCAAGAGCCACAGAAAACAUCUUCAUCACCCCAAGCCCAGGGAGUUGACAAUUCUACUAACAGCCUGGGUCUUGGAGACAUCAAAUGGUCACAAGGUGAUUCUUUGGGGCCCUUGGGUUUUAGUUUGUCAUCUCAACCGUUUAUAAAUAGCGACAGUAUGAACUUCAGCAAUUUGUUUGGCAUCAGUAGAGACAAGAUUCAGAGCUCUUCAGUGUCUACUAGCGAUGUGAAAGUUGCUCCCUCUUGAAAGCAACUUGGGCAGGUCUCUUCUGAAUCCUUGGAACCUGGUCACACUUCAUGUCUAUUUGCACAUUUUAACUUGAUCAGUUUCAAUCUCCUGGAAACUUUGAUUCUAUUUUUCAACCAUGCGACCUUUAAAAUAGCUUUGUAUAUUGGUCACCUACAACAGUUCAGAAAAGCUGUCAAAAGAUAAACCUCAACUGUUGAAUUUUUUUUUGUCAUAAGCACCAAAGAAAUAGAGUAGUCGCGCUAGUUUUAUCCUUCAUUUUUGUAACGGAAAUGCCUUUCUGGCCUAAAUGCAUCUUGAGUACAAUCACUCCACAAUUGUGAAUGGUCUUAAGUGA